AUGGCUAGUAACUCAGGUCGAGUGAUCAUUGUCGGUGCUGGCCCAGCAGGCCUCCUCCUUGGACUGUUACUGGCACAAAAUGGGGUUAAUGUCGAUGUGGUAGAGGCGGAGUGCGAAAUUGACUCCAGGCCGCGUGGUGCAGGAUACGGUCCAGCAGCGGUGACUGUACUGCGGCGCGCAGGUGUUCUUGAUACAAUCAUCGAGAGAGGUCUGAAGCCCGACUCCUUUACUUGGAGAAAACUGGACGGUACUGUCAUCGGUCGAUUGUCUGGUCUGAAUAGGAAAAAUGACGUCGGUGGCUUCGUUAUGUUGACGGUCUAUGAGCUCGCAAUUGUUCUUUGGGAAGCACUAAACAAACUGCCAAACGCCAAAGUCCAUUGGGGUCAUAAAGUGGUAUCAGUCGGUCAGGAUGAGAGAAGCGCUUGGAUCGACUGCGAAAACGGGGAACUACUCAGGGGCGACUUUGUUGUCGGUUGUGAUGGCGGCGGCUCCACCGUGCGGAAAAGCUUGUUCCGCAACGAUUUUCCCGGAAAGACUUGGGAUCCCAUCAUUGUCGCUACAAAUGUCCGGUACGAUUUCAUAAAGCACGGCUGGGAAGAUACCAACUGGAUUGUUGACCCUGAAAAUUGGGCGGUGGUUGCUCAUUUGGAAAAAAAAGGUACCUGGCGCGUGUCCUACGGGGAACAACCUGGUCUGUCCCACGAGAUGCUUCAGAAGCGAAUGGUCGAAAAGCUCAAGCGUAUCCUCCCCGGCAAUCCUGAACCGGAUCAAUACACGAUUGAACAUUUCAGUCCAUAUAUCCUACAUCAAAGAUGUGUCGAACGUAUGAGAGUUGGUCGGGUAGUACUUGCGGCCGAUGCUGCGCAUCUCAACAACCCUAUGGGUGGCCUAGGGCUCACCACGGGGAUUUCGGAUGUUUCUGGCUUGGUGGACUGCCUUUGUGGGAUAUAUCAUGGAAAGGCUGAUAUCAAUAUUCUGGACGAGUAUGACCGAAUCCGUCGCGAAAUCUAUUGGACUAUCACAGACCAAGUCUCCACCCGGAAUCUGGAGCGUAUAAUGAAGACGCCUGAGGAGCUGCUCAGUUCUCAAGAUUCGUUCUUCUCAUUGCUUGACAACGCCGAUGACCCCAGCGUUUUUGAUGAGAUCGAAAAGUUUUACAAGAAGUCCACAGUCAAUGGUCUGGCUAACGGUAACGCGCAACUAGUGCCAUGGGACCGAUUGGUGCGUUACGUAUCCGCCAAGACUGGUCGAGUGGGCUACGGCGACCCGGUCGUCGAGGAAUCAACAGAUGUCGACCAGCUCGUAGCCAAUGGUGCGUUGAAGGUGUGGGUGCUGGAAGGAGACAACUGGCUUCGUGCGGCGCGGACUGGCGAGAUUGAUGAGGUAAAGGAGAUUCUCAGUCCGUUAUCUGCCACAGACGUGCCAAUCAUACGCUGUACAGGUCUCAACUACCUCGCACACAUUGCCGAGUCUAAGAUGGACAUACCAAAGAAUCCGACACUGUUCAUCAAGCCCGGGCAGGCUAUCGGCGAUCCUCGUGCUCCCAUACCUGUUCCCAAGCUCUCUCAAGCUAAGUGUGACUAUGAAGGAGAGCUGACUAUUGUCAUUGGCAAGAACGCCAAAAAUGUGAGCGAGGAGGAUGCUCUGGACUACGUGGCUGGUUAUCUUACCGGCAACGAUGUCUCUUGCCGUGACUGGCAGCUCGAAAAAGAAAAGGCAGGCAUGAUGCCACAAUGGUGUUUUGGCAAAUCCUUUGACAAAUACGCUCCAAUCGGCCCAGCCAUCGUGAGCACGAAGGUCCUUGGGGAUGCUAGUGGACUACGACUCACGACGCACGUGAACGGAGAGCUGAGACAGGAAGCCAAUACUUCUGACCUAUGUUUUGGAGUGAGAAAACUUGUGAGUUUUUUCAGCACUGGCCAGACUUUACAGGCAGGUAGUUUGAUCAUGACUGGUACGCCUGACGGUGUUGCAGCUGUUAUGCACCCACCGAAGUGGCUGAAAGAUGGUGACGAGGUCGUUGUGGAGAUAGAUGGUAUUGGCAAAUUGAGGAACGUCAUUAAGUUCGAUUGA